UUAUCGGUCGUAUAAAGUGCGUGCCACUGAAAAAAGCCGGUUUCACUUUUCCGUCCGAAUAUGAUUGUGUCGCUUCUAAUUUUAAGCGCGUCAAUUUCUUUGUCCCAAACCGCAGAAGUGGUGCCCGUCGUGCAGGGUCUUCCAGGCGAGGUUUCCGUGGUCGACAAGCCAAAGGUCGUUGACACACCUGCACCUCAAGAAGUCACAAACAAUAAUCACAAUGACUUCACGCACGUGGCCAAAGUUCUCGCCGAUAUCCUUGCAAGCAUCAACAACAACAACCCUACAAAAAAGCCAAAAGAAGAAACUGUCGAGGAGUCCUCGUCAGUUAUGACGAGCGACAGCCCCGAGAACAAAAGAGGUCGAAAAACGGUCAAAGGGAAACUGUCUAAUAGCAAGGAUUUCAAGAAGUUGUUGGAAAAAUGGCGCAAACGGACCAAGUCCUCGGAAAAUGAGUCUUUCGAAGAGAGACUUCGGAGGAAGAAGAUGAUGAAAAGGAACAAGGCGAGGACGCAGGACGUGCGAGCCAGGGCGGCAGCAGUGUCCCUGAGGAACGCCAAGAACCUGAAGGUGAUGAAGGACAAGGUCCUGGUCAAGGCGACCAAAGAGACGCGCAACAGGGAAAGAAAGCGUCUGCAUCGUUGAACUUGUAAAAUUAUUAAAAAAAUAACAAUAAAUUGUAUAAAACGAUUUUAUUACUAUUUAUUACACUAAAACUUUGGUGAAAUUAUUUUUCGAAA